GAGGGAGGGGAGGGAUCAAGAGAGAGCGGGGAGAGAGGGAGGCUGCAAUCUCCUCCCUGAAUCGCGCACAGCGCUGCAGAUCCCAGUGCUCUGACAUGCGGGCCGAAUGCAGGUGAGGAAAGGCACAGACUCUGCGGCUGCGAACCCAAACUUGGGCACCGCGCGGUGCGCACGGCUCAGCCUUCACCCCCGCGGGCGAAAGGCUGCUGCGGUUUCAGGCGGCGGCUUCGUGACUAAUGACCUUGCGCAGAGUUGUUAAGAAAAAAAGAGAAACCCGAGCUCUCUGGGGUGAGAAGGGACUGACUAUCUGGGCGUCCCUGAAGAUGGCUCGGGCUGCUCUUCCGCGCGCGGGGGGAACCCUGAAGCGGACCGCUGUGUGACUCGAGUCGUCUCCACUGCACGGUGCCCGAAGCGACCUGCCGGGAUUUUUCAUUCUCGAUCUGUUGACUGGCUCCCCCGCUGCCUGAGCGGAGUCGGAGUUGAGACUGGCUUGUUGCUAGCCCUAGCACCUCGUGCAGGAAGCGACUCACGUUUGCCUGGGCAGCCGGAGCAGAAGCUGGGUCUGGAGUGAGUGGCUGGAACGUGAAUUGGACUCAACUCGAGUAGCAGCAAAGACGAGCGGGGUUGGCAGGCAGGGGAGGCUGCAGGCUCGCUCCCCGCUGCUUCCCGGCUCCACCGCCGGCCUGACGGACCGGUUCCGGCCCCAUAUGACAGAGCGGGGACAGGAGCCCGGGAUCCUCUGCCCGUUGCGGUGAUGACUCUGCGGGGGCGGGGGUGGGGGGCUCCGAGUCCGCGGCGCUCAGUGUCCCGUGAACUGUGAGUACUGCGACUGAACGGCGGCCGGCGAGCGGGCGAUUAGCACCCAUUGCAUGAAUUAUGAAACAAUAACUUUAGGAGGAAGCAGGAGGAAAAAAAAGAAGGAUCUAUCGCUGGUCCCCCUCUGGCCGACUCUGGACGUUGCUCUUGCCCCCUCCCUUUUCUCCCUCUCGCUUCUUCCCUUCACAGAGAGGGGAGAGGACUGGGAGGAGGGCAAGCGACCGGCCCCGGAGGAGGGGGGCGCCUAGGGGGCCGUGAUUAGAAGGAGCAGUAGCAGCAGCAGCAGGAGAAGAUGCUGAGGAUGCGGACCAUGGGAUGGGCGCGCGCCUGGUGCCUGGGCUGCUGUCUCCUCUUGCCGCUCUCGCUAAGCCUGGCGGCCGCCAAGCAACUCCUCCGGUACCGACUGGCCGAGGAGGGCCCAGCAGACGUCCGCAUCGGCAACGUCGCCUCGGACUUGGGCAUCGUGACCGGCUCCGGUGAGGUGACUUUCAGCCUCGAGUCGGGCUCCGAGUACCUGAAGAUCGACAACCUCACCGGCGAGCUGAGUACCAGCGAGCGGCGCAUCGACCGCGAGAAGCUACCCCAGUGUCAGAUGAUCUUCGACGAAAACGAGUGCUUCCUGGACUUCGAGGUGUCGGUGAUCGGGCCCUCGCAGAGCUGGGUGGACCUGUUCGAGGGUCGGGUCAUCGUGCUCGACAUCAACGACAACACGCCCACCUUCCCGUCGCCCGUGCUCACGCUCACGGUGGAGGAGAACCGGCCAGUGGGCACUCUCUACCUGCUGCCCACUGCCACCGACCGUGAUUUCGGCCGCAACGGCAUCGAACGCUACGAGCUGCUCCAGGAGCCCGGGGGCGGCGGCGGCGGCGGCGGCGGCGGCGAGGGCCGGCGCGCUGGGCCUGCAGACAGCGCCCCCUACCCCGGGGGCGGCGGGAACGGCGCGAGCGGCGGCGGCCCGGGUGGUUCCAAGAGGCGGCUGGACGCGCCAGAGGGCGGCGGCGGGACCAGCACCGGCGGCCGCAGCAGCGUGUUCGAACUGCAGGUGGCCGACACCCCGGAUGGCGAAAAGCAGCCGCAGCUGAUCGUGAAGGGGGCGCUGGACCGCGAACAGCGAGACUCCUACGAGUUGACCCUGCGUGUGCGCGACGGUGGCGACCCGCCUCGCUCCUCCCAAGCCAUCCUGCGGGUACUCAUCACAGACGUGAACGACAACAGUCCCCGCUUCGAGAAGAGCGUGUACGAGGCUGACCUGGCGGAGAACAGCGCCCCGGGGACUCCCAUCCUGCAGCUGCGUGCCGCCGACCUGGACGUGGGGGUCAACGGGCAGAUCGAGUACGUGUUCGGGGCGGCUACCGAGUCCGUGCGGCGCCUGCUGCGCCUCGACGAGACGUCCGGCUGGCUCAGUGUCCUGCACCGUAUCGACCGCGAGGAAGUGAACCAGCUGCGCUUCACCGUCAUGGCCCGCGAUCGCGGGCAGCCCCCCAAGACCGACAAGGCCACGGUGGUCCUUAAUAUCAAGGACGAGAACGACAAUGUGCCGUCCAUUGAAAUCCGCAAGAUCGGGCGUAUCCCACUAAAGGACGGGGUGGCCAACGUGGCCGAGGACGUUCUGGUCGACACCCCCAUCGCCCUGGUACAGGUGUCUGACCGGGACCAAGGCGAGAACGGAGUGGUCACCUGCACCGUGGUGGGCGAUGUGCCCUUCCAGCUCAAGCCGGCCAGUGACACAGAGGGCGACCAGAACAAGAAGAAGUACUUCCUGCACACCUCGGCCCCUUUGGACUAUGAGACCACCCGGGAGUUCAACGUGGUCAUAGUGGCGGUGGACUCGGGCAGUCCCAGCCUCUCCAGCAACAACUCCCUGAUUGUCAAGGUGGGAGACACCAACGACAACCCGCCCGUCUUCGGCCAGUCGGUGGUGGAGGUAUACUUUCCCGAGAACAACAUCCCCGGCGAGAGGGUAGCCACGGUGCUGGCGACAGACGCAGACAGCGGGAAAAACGCUGAAAUCGCCUACUCGCUGGACUCUUCCGUGAUGGGGAUCUUUGCCAUCGACCCCGAUUCUGGGGACAUCCUCGUCAAUACGGUGCUGGACCGCGAGCAGACUGACAGGUAUGAGUUUAAAGUUAACGCCAAAGACAAAGGCAUCCCGGUGCUACAGGGCAGCACCACAGUGAUUGUGCAGGUGGCUGACAAGAAUGACAAUGACCCUAAGUUUAUGCAGGACGUCUUUACGUUUUAUGUGAAAGAAAAUUUGCAGCCCAACAGUCCCGUGGGAAUGGUCACAGUGAUGGAUGCUGACAAGGGGCGCAAUGCGGAGAUGAGUCUGUACAUAGAGGAGAACAGUAACAUUUUUUCCAUUGAAAAUGACACGGGGACCAUUUACUCCACAAUGUCUUUUGAUCGGGAACAUCAGACCACAUACACAUUCAGAGUCAAGGCUGUGGAUGGGGGAGAUCCUCCCAGAUCCGCAACAGCCACAGUCUCUCUCUUUGUGAUGGAUGAGAAUGACAAUGCCCCCACAGUUACCCUUCCCAGAAAUGUUUCCUACACUUUACUGCCACCUUCAAGUAAUGUCAGGACAGUAGUAGCUACGGUGUUGGCAAGAGACAGCGAUGAUGGCAUCAAUGCAGACCUUAACUACAGCAUUGUGGGAGGGAAUCCCUUCAAGCUGUUUGAGAUUGAUUCCACCAGUGGUGUGGUUUCCUUAGUGGGGAAACUCACCCAAAAGCAUUAUGGCUUGCACAGAUUGGUGGUGCAAGUGAAUGAUAGUGGGCAGCCUUCCCAGUCUACCACGACUCUGGUGCAUGUGUUUGUCAAUGAAAGUGUUUCUAAUGCAACUGUGAUUGACUCCCAGAUAGCCAGAAGUUUGCACACCCCACUCACCCAGGAUAUAGCCGGUGACCCAAGCUAUGAAAUAAGCAAACAGAGACUCAGUAUUGUCAUUGGGGUGGUUGCUGGAAUUAUGACGGUGAUUCUAAUCAUCUUAAUUGUAGUGAUGGCAAGAUAUUGCCGGUCCAAAAAUAAAAAUGGCUAUGAAGCCGGCAAAAAAGAUCAUGAAGACUUUUUUACACCCCAACAGCAUGACAAAUCUAAAAAGCCUAAGAAGGACAAGAGAAACAAAAAAUCUAAGCAACCUCUCUACAGCAGCAUUGUCACUGUAGAAGCUUCUAAACCAAAUGGACAGAGGUAUGAUAGUGUCAAUGAGAAGCUGUCAGACAGCCCAAGCAUGGGCCGAUACCGAUCAGUUAACGGUGGGCCUGGCAGUCCUGACCUGGCCAGGCAUUACAAAUCUAGUUCCCCAUUGCCUACUGUCCAACUUCACCCCCAAUCACCAACUGCAGGAAAAAAACACCAGGCCGUACAAGAUCUACCACCAGCUAACACAUUUGUGGGAGCAGGAGACAACAUUUCAAUUGGAUCAGAUCACUGCUCUGAGUACAGCUGUCAGACCAAUAACAAGUACAGCAAACAGCCAUUUCGUAGAGUGACGUUUUCUGUUGUGAGUCAGCCCCAGGACCCACAUCAGGGGUCACUGCAGAGUUGCUAUGACAGCGGGCUGGAGGAGUCAGAAACACCAAGCAGUAAGAGUUCAUCAGGGCCAAGGCUGGGUGCCCUUCCACUCCCAGAGGACAACUAUGAAAGGACCACGCCGGAUGGCAGUGUUGGUGAGGCAGAGCAUAUGGAAAAUGAUUCAAGACCUCUUCCAGAUGUAGCCCUAACUGGGAAGUGUACCCGUGAGUGUGAUGAGUAUGGCCACUCAGACUCCUGCUGGAUGCCUGUCCGCACUUCUCCGGAGAGGAAGAAGAGCCAGCCCAAACUGUCCACUUUCAUGCCUGUUGAUGAACGAGGAAGCCAGGAAAAGCUGGCCAAUGGCGAAGCCGCCAUCAUGGGCGACCGCAACAGAAACCUCCUGAACAAAAAGUUGACCUCAUCCUAUGAGACCUUCAGUGCAGCUAGUUUCAGCAAAAAUGAGGAAGCCAACACUGAGGAUAUUCCCCUUAAAAAAACGGGGGAAUACAAGCCAUCUCCUGUCAAUACUCUCACUAGAAGAGAAGUUUACCUGUAGGCUAUAAAGAAGCAACAGCAAAGUUCUUUUCAUGUAUGAGAAGGAGAAUAAGGGGUGAAAAACCUUACAAAACAAAACCUUGUAAUCAAAAAGAGGGGGCUACCAAAGAGACAAAGCUUUGCCUGCCACUUCUGCCUCCAGAUCGGGCCUUUAGUGAAUGAUACUGUUUAGCCUGAUUGUAAUAUACAAUGUAGAAACCAUCCUUGUUACUUGCAUGUCUAACCCCCUCACUGAUUCCCAACACUCGCUCUCUCUCUUCCCCACCCCCCUCCAGAAAACAAACAAACAAACAAAAAAGAUGGUUGCAAGUUUCUUUCAUGGUAACAAGCCUGAUUAGCAGAACACAACACACUCUCAUUAUCCCUAAGCUGAAGUAUGAUUUUAGUCACUUUGAUUUAGUUCGAAUGUCAUCCGGUUGGUCAAAAGAAAGCAGAUCAGGUGAAAUAUAUUUCAGACUUGUGAUCAGAAAUGAUUAAUCACCGUGGAAGGCAAUCCCUCAAAAGUGAUAGAGUCCUUCUAAAGGUACAGUCCUUAUAGAGGGGAACUCUAGAAGCAGCAUUUGGGGGAGGAUCACAGCUUUAAUAUUCUAACAAAGGCUGAAAACUAAACAAUACGCAGUUGUAGAUUGCAGUCCCAAAUUGGCAUAUGUUGUUUUUCUCAAGUCAGGAGCGUCAACUUCAAUCCCAUACCUGUAUUGAAUAUUCUUAGUAUAUACAUAAUCUUGACCACAUGUAUCAAUUACACUAGUUAUAACUUGUAAAAAAUUAUAUAUAUAUAUUUUUCAGAACAACACCACUAUUAUCAACUAACUGGAACAAUUGUGUCAUUAACAGGCAGAAGAUCAUACGGCAGAUCAGGGAAAUCAUGAAGUAGAUUUGGUCUUGAUGUGGAAAUCCAUUAAGUAACAAAAGUCACUGAGCCCAGGCACGCACAGAAGCCCUCAAACACCAGUUUAUUCUACAUUUUCUCUAUACCCAGAAAGCAUGCAUUUUCUUUUAAAAUGGAUUUUCUUUGAAAGCUCAGAAAAUGAAAAGCCAAUGAGACAUAUUUUUGGUAUUAAAAUAGACAAUUAGUUGAGGUUAAAGUUUAGUUUCAAAAAUAUUAUCAGGGAAGAUUUUACUUUUUAAAAUCAUAUUUGUGGGUAGGUAGGGAAAGAAAGAUACAUCAGCAUAUAGUCUUUAAGUUCACUAUAAUCAUUGUAGAGUCAGGUUAUGCUUGCUGGUCUUAUCCACAUUUCAAAUUACCAAGUGCAUUUUUUACGUGUUUAGUGCACUCUUCCAUGUUAACAAAAGUGCAUUAAUUUUCAAUCCUGUGCAAUACGGCACAUUUUGAGACUCACAACUUUGAAACAAGGUGACACCCUAAAAGACUUACUCACUAAUGUGAUUUGAACGUUAUUUAACAUAUCUCCUAAAACCAAUCCAGAGUAAACAAGAAAGAAAUGAGUUCUGGGCAGUGACACGUCUCAUGGUAUACACAUCUCAAAGUUGGAAAAUAUGCAGUUUUUUUCAGUGUAAUAUAAAGAAACAGAAUAUGCAGCUUUUGAGUCACUUCCUCUACAGAGGAUAAUUUAAUACAAUUGGAAAUUGAGCUGGGACAUUCAGAACAAGUGACAAUCCAGGGACAGACUAGGGGAUAACAGGUGAAGAGAGCAAACAGUCUCACACUGAAUGUUUGUAACCUGGUUAAGGCAUAGCCUUGAUGGCUCUGUAGCGAACUGUAGAAACUAUGUAGCUCUGGGUAGUUCCAUGCUUUGCAAUAUUUCUCAGACUACAACAUGAAGCAGCCUGGAAUAUAGGUUGUUAAUUCACUUUAGGUCAUCAAAUGCUCAUCUUUGAAAACCACUUCUCUGUUUGGUGGGGUACUCUUUUGGGGUCAUUUCCUUAUGCUCUUUCUUAAAUGGAGUUUUCAUCUUGAUGUUAGUUUAUGUGUAAUAGUUAGGAUGAAAGAAGAUAUGUAAUUGAAGAAACAAAAACAUUGGACUAAAAUAUCAAUAAUUGAACAUGUUUAUGUUUGAUUAUUAUUCACAUUAUGGAAAGAUGCAAUUCUAGUACUUUGUUACGAAACUGCAUUAAAGCAGUUUAGCCUUGUAUAAUCUGUAAGUACCUAUUAAGACAAAAUACUUCUAAAGAUACUUAUGAAAUGUAUACAUAUUUUUUCUUGCACGUUACAAAGGAAAUAUUCAAUUGCAUAACACAUGUGUGCAACAAACUUUUUAAUGCAUUUUUUUCUUUCUUUCAUGAGACACUUGAAACAUUAGAUAGCUCAUUUCACUCUAUCUUAAAACCCUUCUGUUAUCUAUAAAGCUAAUACGGGUCAUAUGGGAUCUUUGGAUUAAUUGGAUCCACAUUCCCCAAUGACAUCUGCACCACGUUCAAGACAGCCAUGUCAUUGUCAUUUAACUUGUGAGCCUCUUUAGAACUAAAAUGGGUAUGAAAGAAUAAAAUUCAGUGUACUGUAAGUAUUUGCAGUAAUUCUAGUAGAAUUAGCUAUCAUAACAUGUUUAUUAUUAUAAUGAGUUGGCAUGACACAGAAAUAUAUUUUGUGUUUGUAUGACUUUUAUUUUGAAUAGGUUAAAUCUGGUGCCACUCCAUAUAUAGAGUGCUUUUGAAAAAAAUCAAUAAAAAGAAACAAAAAAUAAUAAUAAAUGAGUGAAUGCAAAAUAAGCAACUGUGCCUUUUAUACCUGUUGUUAGGGUAAAAAAACGGUUGUUGGGUUUGGACAAUGAGGGGAAAUGGGCUAUUCGCAACUUUUUUGAUCUUGUAUAUUUAUCCAUGUUUAUUUUCUGAAAAUAAUAAAUAAUAUAUUAAAAAUUUGCCUUCUGACAAACUCAGAUAGUGGAACAGUCUUAAAUAUCAUUCAUUCAUAAAGCAAAAUUUAUAUGGGCUGCUUAAUUCUGUCUAGAAGGCUAAAACAUUUAUUGUAAUAGUAACACAGAGAUUAUCAGGGGUGCAGUCAGUCCAUUUUGCAAGGCAAAAUAUUGAUUUACAAUUUCUUUCUUUUUUUGCUGUUAUUUUUCUUUUAACUGCUGUUUCAUUUUGGUUGUACAGUAUAUAAACCAUAUUUGUUUUCUGUACACAAGAAGCUCAAGUGAAUUUUGCAUGCAUUAUACCUUAGGACACAUUUAUAAAUUGAGUAACUAUAUAAAUUUAUGUGUAUUAAAACGUCUGUCGCUUCAGUCUAAAAUCUAAUGCUCACUCUGAACCUCCAGAUAUCAUUACGGUUUCUGACUGGCCUGCUGCCUGAGUUUCAGAAAACAAGGGAGGCAUUAUUUUUGUGGGAAGAAAAACUAAGAUGGUAAUGAAGAUGUCUGGCUGAAAGGCUACCCUAGGAAGCUGUCUUAUAGGAAAAUAAAACACAGAGACCAGAAGAAACUGCCAAGAAUCAAAGAAUCAAACAGCUAUCUUAAACAGGCAUGAGAAAUCUGAAGAUCUCAGUAGUUUUAGGUAUAUUGUAUCAGUAAUAAAUAUACUAUGUGUCCUUAAGGAAAAAAAAAAAAAAAAAAAGAGUGAAGAUGAUCAUGAGUGUUGUAAAGCUUGUUAGUUGUGACCUGGGCAGAGGUAUAUAUAACAUCUGGAGGAAGGCAUCAUUUUUUCAGCUACCUAGGGUUUACUUUCAGACAAUUUUUCCUACAUUUUAAAGCACUUGCAUUCAGUGUGGUACGAUCCGUUUGUAAUGUUAAUCAUUGACUAUUGUUCUGCUACUUGGAUGUUGAUAAUGAAGCAGAGAACAAUUUAUCAUCGUUUAUUAUGAGUCACUAUGCACGCAACUAUGCUAAACAUGGCAAAAUGUAUUAAACACUAGUCCAGUCCAACUAUUUAUGAAGUACUUUACAUAAUUUAAUUUGCUUUUGUACAGUUUUAUGUAAAUAAAUUGCUUGUCAUUUUUGUCUCUGCAGAUUAAAAUAUAACA